GGAGGGCUCUGUUCAGUAUGGCAUGUGACAUAUCUACUGGACACCGUUGGACAAAUUCUUCUGCGUACACUUUAAAAAAAAUAAUAUUUAACUAGGCAAGUCAGUUAAAGAACAAAUCUUAUUUUCAAUGGCGGUGUAGGAACAGGGGUUAACUCAGGGGUUAACUGCCUUGUUCAGGGGCAGAAAAACAGAUUUUAACCUUGUCAGCUCGGGAAUUCGAUCUUCCGGUUACUAGAUCAACGCUCUAACCACUAGGCUACCUGCAGCGCCGUGCCAAUUUGACUUAGUGUACUGUGAACAAUCAACACAGGAAAGCAGAAUUCCAACCCUGGAACUGGAAAUUGUGUGAUAUGAGAGUGUUAAUAGGAGGAGGAUCUGGGUUUGUGGGAAGAGAGCUGACUCGUUUACUCAAGAACAAAGGUCAUGAAGUCACAAUAAUAUCCCGACAGCCAGGUCUGGGAAAGAUCACAUGGGGUGAAUUGGAGUCUGGUGGCCUCCCACCAUGUGAGGCUGCUGUCAAUCUGUCUGGGGAGAAUCUUAUGAACCCACUGCGAUGGUGGAAUGAGGGUUAUAGGAAGGAUCUGUUCUCCAGUCGGGUUGACACAACCACAAUUCUGUCUCAAGCCAUUGCUGGGUCCCCCAAUCCCCCUCAUGCUUGGGUCCUUGUCACAGGUGUAGCAUGUUAUAAACCCAGUCUAACAGCUCAGUACACAGAAGACAGUGAGUGGACGCCAUUUGACCUCCUGUCGAGACUGGUGAAGGAAUGGGAGUCGGCGGGGCGUCUUCCUGAAAACAUUGCACAGAAUACCAGACAAGUAGUAAUCAGACCAGGGGUAGUACUGGGCCGUGAUGGUGGGGCCAUGAAGCAGAUGAUGACUCCUUUCUGGCUAGGCCUUGGAGGCACGUUGGGGUCUGGCAGACAACCAUUCCCCUGGAUCCAUGUCUCUGACCUGGCUGGAAUCAUCGCUCAUGCCCUGGUGCCCUCUCCCGACACCCCCUCCUCUGCUGUCCCUCAAGUGUUUAACGGUGUCGCCCCAGCACUGAACACCAAUUACGAGUUCACCAAAGAGCUGGGCCGGGUUCUGAGGAGACCCACUGUCUUCCCUGUGCCUGGAUUUGUCAUUGAUGCCCUAAUGGGUUCAGAGAGAGCCAUAGUGCUAACCCAGGGUCAGAAAGUAGAACCCAAGAGGACUCUGGAGUCAGGCUUUCAGUACCAGUACCCAGACCUGAGCUCUGCCCUGAAGGAGAUUGUUGGGAGCUAGAUGUGAAACAGGAGAUGUCAAGAGACUGAAUGAGAUUAGAUUUUGUAACGUGAGAGAACUUCACUGAUGUGAGCUUUUUUCCUGAAUAAAUAUGAGAUGGACCCUGUCUUUCAAAAAAAG